AAAGGUUUUGUGCGGAAGACUCAAUCUGCUAUUCAUCUGAGGCAGAACGGGAGUUAUAAACUUCUGACAACUGAAGAUGGUUUUCCUGUGGAUACAGUUGUUCCUGCUUUCGUUUGUUGGCUGCCUUGGAGAUCUUGACAACUUAAAAACUAAAAUGAGGAGCACGGUGUCCGUUCGAGAAGGGCAGGGAGUGGUGCUGCUUUGUGGGACGCCGCCUCAUUCUGGAGAACUGUCGUUUGCAUGGAUCUUCAAUGAAUAUCCAUCGUUUGUGCAAGAGGACAGUCGACGAUUUGUGUCCCAAGAGACGGGGCAUCUCUACAUAGCCAAAGUGGAGCCCUCAGAUGUAGGAAAUUACACCUGCGUGGUGACCAGCACCGUAACGAACAGCAGGGUGCUUGGUUCCCCGACUCCUCUGGUGCUGCGCACUGAUGGUGUGAUGGGUGAAUAUGAACCUAAAAUAGAAGUUCAGUUUCCUGAGACACUGCCUGCAGCUAAAGGUUCAACGGUGAAACUGGAAUGCUUUGCCCUGGGAAAUCCUGUGCCUCAGAUAAACUGGAGAAGGACUGAUGGCCUGCCAUUUCCAAGUAAAGUAAAACUGAGGAAAUCUAAUGGCAUGAUUGAAAUCCCCAAUUUCCAACAGGAAGAUGCGGGGCUUUAUGAGUGUAUUACCGAAAACUCAAGAGGGAAAAACAUUGCCAGAGGACGUCUCACCUAUUACGCAAAACCUCACUGGGUCCAGAUUAUAAAAGAUGUUGAAACUGCAGUGGAGGAUACCUUAUACUGGGAUUGUAAGGCGAGUGGGAAACCCAAACCGUCGUACAGGUGGAUGAAGAAUGGAGAACCUCUAGCACUAGAGGGAAGGAUCCAAAUUGAAAAUGGUGCACUUAUAAUAUCAAAUCUAAAUCUGACAGAUUCUGGCACGUACCAAUGCAUAGCUGAAAACAAACAUGGAGUGAUCUCUUCCAGUGCCGAGCUCCAGGUUGUAGCUUCUGCUCCAGAUUUCUCCAAGAACCCAAUGAAGAAAUUGAUUCAGGUUCAAAUAGGCAGCACAGUUAAUUUUGAAUGCAAGCCAAAAGCUUCCCCGAAGGCAAAAUGCUCCUGGAAGAAGGGAGGUGAGCUGCUACACGAAAAUGAAAGAAUAACAUUAUUAAAAGAUGGAGGCCUAAGAAUUGCUAACCUAACUAAAGUAGAUGCUGGAAGUUACACUUGCCUGGCAGGAAACCAAUUUGGAACAGCCAGUGGAACAACAAGCUUAAUAGUUACAGAGCCAACAAGGAUAACUUUGGCCCCUUCCAAUAUGGAUGUUACUGUUGGAGAAAGUGUAAUCCUGCCCUGCCAAGUUCAGCAUGAUCCCCUACUAGACAUCAGCUUCACGUGGUAUUUCAAUGGGACACUCACGGAUUUCAAAAAAGAUGCUUCUCAUUUUGAGAAGGUUGGGGGGAGUGCAUCUGGAGACCUAAUGAUUAGAAACAUCCAGCUGAAACACAGCGGAAAAUACGUUUGCACGGUGAAGACGGAGGUGGACAGUGUAUCAUCUGCAGCAGACCUCAUAGUACGAGGCUCGCCUGGCCCCCCUGAACGUGUGAAAGUGGAUGAAAUAACUGAUGCUACAGCUCAGAUCUCCUGGCAAGAGGGCACAGAUAAUCACAGCCCAGUCACCACUUACACCAUACAGGCAAGAACACCUUUUUCAGUCGGUUGGCAGAGAGUCACAACAGUUCCUGAAGUCAUUGAUGGAAAAACUUUCACAGCCACAGUCGUGGAUUUAAACCCCUGGGUUGAAUAUGAAUUCCGUGUAGUUGCCAGCAACAAAAUUGGUGGUGGAGAGCCUAGUUUACCCUCAGAAAAAGUAAGAACUGAAGAGGCAGUUCCUGAAACACCCCCGUCGGAAGUGAGUGGGGGAGGAGGCAGCAGGUCUGAACUGGUCAUAACAUGGGAUCCCAUUCCUGAAGAACUGCAGAAUGGUGAAGGAUUUGGCUAUGUCGUUGCUUUCCGACCUGUUGGCACGACGACGUGGAUACAAACUGUAGUCACAUCUCCCGAUACACCAAGAUACGUCUUUAGAAACGAAAGCAUCCUGCCAUUUUCACCAUAUGAAGUCAAAGUUGGUGUAUACAAUAAUAAAGGAGAAGGGCCAUUUAGUCCAGUAACCACAGUGUUUUCUGCUGAAGAGGAGCCUACUAUAGCACCUUCCAGUGUCUCUGCAACUAGCCUGUCAUCUUCAGUCAUUGAAGUUUCUUGGACUGCCAUUCCUUGGAAAAUGAGCAGUGGAAGGUUGCUGGGUUACGAGGUCAGGUACUGGAAUAAUGGUGGAAAAGAAGAAUCUUCAGAUAGAGUAAAAGCUACUGGAAAUGAAACAUCAAUAAGGAUUACAGGCUUAAAGAGUAACUUGCCAUACUAUACAGCUGUCCGGGCAUAUAACACUGCUGGAGCAGGUCCCUUCAGUGCCACAGUAAAUGCUACCACAAAAAAGACGCCCCCCAGUCAGCCACCAGGAAAUGUUGUGUGGAACGUUACAGACUCAAAGAUAGUUCUGAACUGGGACCAAGUGCGAGCAAUGGAAAAUGAAUCUGAAGUAACUGGAUAUAAGGUUUUAUACAGGACUAGCAAUCAAAACAAUAUGAAUGUGCUGAACACAAAUAAGACAUCAGCCGAACUUUUGCUGCCGUUCAAUGAGGAUUACAUUAUAGAAGUAAAAGCAACAACUGAUGGUGGAGAUGGAACUAGCAGUGAUCAGAUCAGGAUUCCCAGACUAACUAGUAUGGACGCAAGGGGUUCUGGUGCAACAGUCUUGAAUGUCUACAUUUUAUCCAGUUUCAUACCAAUAGUACCUUUCUUGACUUUUAAUGCAGUGUUGUGGUAAUACGUGUUCAUUCAUUGGAACAAUGGUUCAGUUAACAACAAAUAAGUGCUUUUAAAAAAAAAGAAAUGCAGUGGUUAUGCAUGGUUUUCUCAAACUCUGAUGUGUUUUUAAAUACUUUAUAUUCCAUUGUAAGUUAAAGUAAAAAAUACCAUAUAAAAAUCAGCAAAUCCUUUUAAAGGAAACUAAAAUGCCUUAAUACUUGAACCAAAGGAGUUUUCAUGUUCCAUACUUCAAAUAUAAAAGAGAAUAAGAGUGAAUAAAAUGGCACUAAGGUUUGAGAGUUUCACAGAGCUUCAUAUAGACCCGAGGUCUUUGACGAAUUCCAUUUUUGCAGCAACACUGUACUGGUUUGAGCAUGUCUUGUGUCACUGUGAUAGAAUCACUCUCAUCCACAAAAAAAGAUGAAAUUGGAGGCAUAAAUAAUUGCAAAUCUGGUGACAAAACUUAGAUCAACUUGAACAUUAAGAAAGCGGUGUCUUUACCAGUAGAUUUGGAUAAGCUUACAUACUGUUGUUUUAUAAUAUCUAUGCUAAAUCUACCAAAAACACCUGGUAGAGGUGGCAAAGAUGGGAAAGACCUACUAUAUCGUCCAGUCAACUGCUUUGUCCAAGAGACACCACUUCCACUGCUUCUCUUGGAGAUUACUCCAGAGAUACAUGUCAAAGGUUAUUUGGGGGUUUUUUCCCUACAGUCAAUGUACACUUAUUUGAAGUACAUAAUUCUCACUGCCCAUCUAUAUAUAUUUAACUUUCUCACAUUCCCUGCCGCCGUCACUUCUUAACCAGGGUACCACCUCCAUGUUUCCCAUUAAAUUAUUUCUUCAUAACCUAGUUCCCCUAACUCAAAGGUCAUUUUUGGUAAUGUUCUCUGAACUCUGGCCAGAAAGUUUCAGAAUAUGAAGUGCCAAGAACUGAGCACCAUAUGCUGGGUACAGGUACAACAUAGCCUUAUAGAGUGGGAUUAUUACAUCCCUGCUCUGUGAUGUGGUGCUUCUGGAUAUGCAGCCCAAAAUGAUCCUGGCCAUUUAACUGCCGUGCUGCAUUGCCUAAAUCCGUGCAUACAUAAUUCCAUGUUUCCUGUUACUCCUGAGCUUUCUUGGGCAUUGCUGCUACAAAGAGUUUUUCUUUCUAUUGCAGAAAGAUCCCUCUAUAGCUAAGCAGCUCUACAUAUCGGAGCAGCACUGGCAUUCUAGCGCAUUCCACGGACAUCAUAUAAUGCUGGCAAUACUGUAGCCUUUCCUUUAUAUAUAUUUAUUUAUAUCUCCUUUAUAAAUAUAUAUUAUUACCCAAACCUUUCCUAGCAAUAUAUUAAAGACAUGCUCAACCUGGCACAUUUGAUUUUUCUACAGUUGCAAAGCUUAAACAAACCACGUGUACUACUGUAAGCAGCUUUCAGUCUGAUACCGAGUUCUACCCUAUCAAAUGUUCAUGUGACAUGCAAUGAUUUUUUUUUCUCUUACAGUUUCUCAAAAUACUACUGUGACGCAUACACAAAAAAUUAAAAGUCAACCUCAAGAGAGAAGUAGGACCAUUAAUAUUCUAUCACUGUAAAAAUGUUUUAAUAUGCAUUCAGCCAGCAAAUUAACAUUCUCGUCUAACACACACUCAUUUGCUAGCUAGCUAAGCAAGACGUGUAUAUACUGUACAUACAUCAUAAGGAAACAUAAAUGGCUAGUUGCUUUCCAGUACAGCUAACCAGUGAUUUUUUCCAAACAGUCACAAAUGGGGGGGAAGACAAUUUCCUAGUAAAUGUAUAUCUCCGUUUCAUGCAAUGAAAGGUGAAUCUUUCUAUUCUUGUUUAAGACAGUUCUACUUCAUGUUCCUGUACUGCCAUUUUCAUGACUACUAUUCUGUUGUAUUAUUUAAUUUCUAGUUAUAUAUCUCCAUGAGAUAUGUACUGCGUACCUUGUUUCAUAUUGAAAAGUAUGAAAUGUAUCCUUAAACUUCCAGCUGUGUGUGUAUCCUAUGGUUAUCUGUAUGUAUUUUUUCUAUUAUUCUAAUAAAAUAUUUAUAACAGUGAG